AAGAGAAUGCAUUGCAAACAGAAGCAACUAACAAAAUGUCAAGUGAAUCCGAGGAAAAUUCUGUAACCUCGGUUGAGAAAAGUUCAGAGAAACCUAAUGCUCUAUCAUUUUUCACUGCAAAUGACGACGAUUCAUCGUCUGAGUCAGAUAACGAAUGUGAUAAACACGACUUUCAUAAAGAACCAAUAACAACUCCUGAAACUUGUAUUGCUGUUGCAGACAAUAAACUGCCUUCUCCAAGUACACUAUUUGCAACUGUAGGAAAGCCAAAGUUUUUGGAGACUGCAUUAAAACCAAAUGAAGUUGACUGGAAUUCGAUUUCUAGGCGUUUUGAACCAUUGUACGAGUACUCUAGUGUUUCUUGUCCAGCAGAAUCUGUUGAUUUAGAGUCAGAAGAGAGAAAUGAAGCCAGUAUUUCUGGGGCACCAAUAAAAUAUAAAACUGAAAUUAGUGAAACUAAAAGGCAUUUGUUCUUGCAUGGUAAACGAUCUGCUGAUCUUACAGAUAAUGUGGAUGUACAUUUAGCAGAUAAAGAUGUUUUAAUCAGCGAGAAGAAGAAGAAAACAUCUUGAAGAAAAAUUGGGAAGACAUAAAGUGUCCCAAUAUAUUAGUUUUGUCAAUAAAAUGAACACAAUUUGGCAGUCAUAUCUUUUUAAUAACAAAAAUAGACAAAUUAAAUAACUCUUGUAUAUUAUAAAAACAUAAACUGUCACACAUAUUCUUGUGUCUUUUCUACUUCAUAUUGAAAAAAUAUUUUGUAGUAAUUCAUACUUGACCCUAUUGUCGAUAACAAGUGAAACCCACAACGAAAAAAACAUGUAUAAUUAACUUACAAUUGAAACACAAACUGUCAAUGAACAAUAACAAUAAACAAAGAAAGAGACCACCA